CUUAAUAUUCACUUAUUUCAGUAUAACAUUACAGGAUUGGAAUUAGAAACUGGUUGAUUUUUUCAAAUUUACCGCGGUUUUUCAGGUUCCCUGCCGCUAUCUAGCGGAGUGUUCAGAAAAUAUUACAGGCCUGUCAGUUUUGACCGUGUGAUGUGCACCAAGGUGUGACUCCAGCGUGUGUUUAUUCGUAAAUUAAUGUGAAAAGAAUUAAUCCUAAUAACCCAAUGGUUAUUAACGCUUAACAUAACUGUGAUAGUUCGUAUGGAUCCUUCUAUCUCUUGGUUUCAACCUGAACAAGAAGGUCCUGCUAAACUUCUGUGGCUUCGAAUUUGGCAAACUCAACAAGAACUGGAUAGAAUGAACAUAAAUGAAGGAGAUAUUGAUAUAGAGUCUUUUACAAACGUUAUUAACAAUCAAAAUACUGCUGUUAUGAACGGGAAAUUGGAUAAAUCGAACAAUAUUUUGCCGAGAAGACGUCGAUGCGAUAAUCGUGCGAGCACCAGGUUUAUUAGCAGAAAUCCACAAAAAGUUGUCGGCGAAUUUGGAGGCUGCCCAUGGCGGCGUGAAAAUUUCAUAUAUGGCAAAGGAAUUAUUGGGUUGCACCAAGAAAUUGAACAUUUCUACACGUACAUGAGCCCCACCGAAUUAGAACACCAGAUCAGGGGGGAUGUCGUGCAACGCAUCAGAAGGAUUAUAAUCUCCAAGUGGCCCGAAGCACAGGUUGAAAUUUUCGGCUCCUAUCGCACUGGGCUCUAUCUACCAACAAGUGAUAUCGAUUUGGUAGUUAUAGGAAAAUGGUCAAAUCUACCUCUAAGGACCCUAGAACAGGAGUUCCUGGAGAAAGAGGUGGCUCUUGAAAACAGCAUUAAAGUGUUGGACAAAGCAAGUGUACCAAUUGUUAAGUUGACCGACAGAAGGACCGAGAUCAAAGUGGAUAUAUCAUUCAAUAUGUCAAAUGGUGUUAAAUCGGCCGAACUGAUUAAGAACUAUAUCGCCAAAUACCCAGUGCUACCCAAGUUAGUUUAUGUUUUGAAACAGUUCUUGCUGGAGAGGGAUUUGAACGAAGUGUUCACCGGCGGCAUUUCAAGUUACAGUCUCAUCCUCAUGUGCAUAAGUUUCUUACAACUACACCCGCGGCCGGAUUAUCUCAAAAACGGAAAUCUUGGCGUGCUACUCAUCGAGUUCUUCGAGUUAUUCGGAAGAAAGUUCAAUUACAUGAAGACCGGUAUUCGGAUACGAGACGGUGGACAAUAUAUCAACAAGGAAGACAUGCAGAAAGAGAUGAUUGAUGGUUACAGACCGAGUUUGUUGUGCAUAGAAGAUCCACUGUUGCCAUCCAACGAUAUUGGGAGAAGUAGUUACGGCAUUCUUCAGGUAAAACGGGCCUUCGAAUAUGCCUACUCCGUUUUGACGAAUGCCAUGCAUCCAUUCUCUCAAUUUGGCAACUGUCAAACCAAUUCUAUACUUGGGAGAAUUGUCAGGGUUACUGACAAAGUUGUACAGUACCGUAGAUCUUUGGAGAGCACCUUUAGGCAUAUGGGAAGCCCACAAAUAUCUCCGAUUCCCUCUCCGAAAAGGGCUAGCAGAUCUCUAUCCAGCAGUGGCUCUGUGUCAUCAUUUGACGAGAGUGGAGGUAGCUCAGAGGGUUCUGAGUCCUCUUCGAGGGAUAUCUCCCCAAACAUAAAUUUACCUCAGCGAAAAAACCACCAAAAAAACGUCAACAGGAAUAAAAAUAGUAAAAAAAUCAACUACAAUCAAACAAACCUUCUUAAACGCAAAAAACCCACGACAAAACAAUAGUAUAUAUUUUAGAUUUUUUUCAGUUCUCAUGUACAUAUUGUAAAUAUUAGGUUUUAGUCAGAAUAUGCCUCUAACUAGGCAUUUUGAAUAGAUUAAUACUCAAUAGAAAGCUCAUAUCGGGAUUCCUCUAAAAAUCUUCAACAUCUGACCAGAACAAUCGUUUUUGGAUGUUUAAAAAUAAGUUCCUAUUUAAUCAUCAGCAUAUUUACAACUGCAAUCUGCAUUUUUUGGCUCAAGGUGGAAAUUAUUCCUUAUUAGUGAAGCUAAGGAAUAAAGUUUCAUCACCAUUAUGAAAUUUUCAUCGAGCCUUAUUCUUUUUUAGAAAACGUAAGAGUCCCUGUUGGUAACAGGAUGCUGCAAAUAGUCUCCAGAUUUGGAUUGUAUUGUACAUUUAUCUUUUUUUGAAACUAUGUUGAAGAUAAUCAAAAUUGACUCUGAGGAACUCCAAUUCAAAGGAACCCAUUUUAGGUAAUUAUACUUAAUUAUUUUGGGGUCGAUAUUCACAGUAAAUCCAGUCAUCUAUAAUCUUUUAGGAAUUAUCUAGUUUGUUUUUAUAUUUGUAUAUAUAUUGAAUUUCUUGAUAGUAUGUAAUUAUUUUUUUUCUGACAUAUAGAUAUUUGGAGUAUGUCGUCAAAGAAUAAUCAUUCCUUUAUUUUAGUUCAUUCUGUGUCUGUUUUCUUGACUUUUAAUUCGCACAAUACAGAUAUCGUGCUACAACAGGUCUAAAAAAAAUUAUAAAAGUGAAAAAUUCCAUAAAAAUCAAUAAAAUGGUAAUUCGCCAAUUUUUCUAAUUCUAUUCAGUGUUCUAUAUUUUAUCAUCUUAUAAUGAAAAAGGAAAAUAUAUCAGUAUAAAGGAGAAGGGAAAAUGGUGGUAUAAUAAGGAAAAAAGGGAGAAACAUAUUCAUGUUGGAAUAAGAAUGAAGGGUUAAACAAAAAACUAACAACUGAAGUAUCAAACUUCGCAAACGUUCUGCUAUUCAUCCAUUUCUUCCGAAAUUAUAUUUUUUCUUUUUCUUUGAUGUAAAUAAUUCCAAAAAUUUCACGUCUAAAAUCAUGUGUUAUUAAAUUUUUUUAUUCAUAUUUUCCUGAUACAUAUCUUUGUCAAUUGAAACAAUGAUUUAGCAGUGAAAAAAUACUCACAUCUACUGUAGUAAUUAAAUCGGAAAUCUGUACCCCAAGAUGCUGAUUCUGCGGAGUGUUCUGAACACUUAGUUAAUUUUCUUAAGGUAGUUUCAACAAAUGCAUAUGUGUACAAUAGAGUGUUCUAUCAUUAUUCAACUAAAAAACACAUCAAUUUCAGAGCAAUAACUUCAAUUUUUCUAUGAGGAUGUCUAUGAGAACUUUCUAAUAAUGAUUGUCCUAGUCAGUUGUUAUUACUCUUACAAUAACAUGUGGUCUCUAUGUAAAUGUAAGUUGUGAGUUGAUUGAGUAAAAGUUGUCCAAGAAGGCAUAUUCUGAAAACAUGUACAGCAAUCUUUAACCUCAAAAAAAAUUGUACAUAGGAAAGUUUUAAGUGACAUCUUUUUAUCGAUUGUCAUACUUCAUUUCUCAUUAGCUUCUUAUUGGUUAUCAUAAUUCUUGAUUUGAAAAACCUCAAUCCUUAUUUUCCUCUGUCUAUUUCCAUCAUAAACCUCCAAAAUAAUUUUUUAAUUAACCUGUGGAGCAAUAUCUUUUACAUUUCUUAUGAAAUGUAUGCAUUCAAAAAUUUUCAAAUGUAUAUUGCAUAAUUCUAGUUCAUAUUGAUAUGUGAUAUUGAGGAUAAGAUUAAUAUUUGUAGAUAUUUGAAAUAUCAAGAUUUCCUACCAUAAAUUGGAGCUCUGGAUAUAAUUUUUGGUCUUGAUAUACUUUGAAGACUUGAUGUAAAAAUGAUCCUUGCUGAAAGAAUUUUGUCUUUUUGUCGAUAUUUUGACUGUUUUAGGUCAUUUAUGUAGAUAUAAGUCAUAAUACCUAUUUAUUCGAAGGGAUCUCUAAUGUAAAAAUAUUUCCCCUCAGUGAAUUUUCCUGAAUAACUCUGGAAAACGCUUUAUUCAAUGUUUUUUUUACACACUUCCAUGCGUCAUACUUUGGAAAUAUUUAUUAUGGUACUUUUAUCUCAUGAAAUCCUUAUUAUUUUUUUUUUUUUGAAUAAUUAUUUGUUUUAUAAUGGACCCUUGUUGAUGAGAUAUAUUGAAUUUUUACCAUAUGGUUGUUAAUAAUGCUAAGUAUUUAUAAACUAUAUAGUUUUUAAGGCUGUAAGACAAUGUGUAAUCUUAUUAAAAAAAAACAUCUGCAAGAUUUUUAAUAAGACUAGACUUAUGUCAAGUACAAAAAAUCUAAGAUACAAAUUGAAAAACCUCGAAAAAAAAUUAAAUUAGCGCCAAGAAUUUUUCAAUGUCAAAAAAUACCAAAUUCUGUUCAAAUAUAUUUUGCUCUUGUGCGCGGA